AGUCACAGCAUUUCUUCGAAAUGGUUCAAGUUUUGAAUUUGAGUCUGAUUUUCUUUUGCGUGAUACUGCAAAUCAAUGCUCAGAAAGUUAAUGUUUGCAAGAAAUUCAUAAAUUAUUACCUCAAAUCUCCACAAGUAUGUUACUACAAUCCUGAUCAAAACACGGAAGUUCCAGAUAUAGUUACGAGAUUGGGAUACCCUAUUGAAUCUUACAAUGUUACCACAGAGGACAACUACAUAUUGACCGUUUUUCGUUUACCUCAACCUGGAGCUAAACCAAUCUUCCUUCAGCAUGGUAUCGCUUUAUCAGCAAUUUGUUUCGUAGACACAUUGGAAUCAUCGUUAGCAUUUGUUUUGUAUGAUGCCGGUUAUGAUGUAUGGAUAGGAAACUUCAGAGGCAAUAGAUAUUCCAACAAACACGUUACCUUAGAUCCGAACACUGAAGAAUAUUGGAACUUCAGUUUCCACGAAAUGGGAAAAUUCGAUUUAAAAGCGCAACUAGGCUUAGUUUACAAUGAAACUGGUAAAAAGAUAUAUUAUGUCGGUUACUCUAUGGGUACUACUGCUUCCUACAUAUACAACAUUCUGCAUCCGGAAGAUGCUUCUGAAAAGUUGGAUAUUAUUGUAAGCUUAGCGCCGAUUGUUUAUAUGAAGAACAUUCCAUCAAGCGUCGCGCAGAUAGCUCCACUUUGGCCACUCAUCGAACCCUUAGUAACUAAACUAACGCACGGAGUAAUCCUACAGAGAAGUAACGUUUCAAUCAAUUUAAUAAAGACACUAUGCCUCGGCAAUCUCUUCGAGAUGUUCGCUUGCCAAGCCCUAAUUCAAAGCCUGUUUGGUUACGACAAUGAUCAACUAAAUCCGGAAACAUUACCAGUUACAAUGGUUCAAAACAUGGAAGCCAUUUCUACGAAAACUAUUUCUCACUACGUUCAGUUUAUCUUAUACGGAAAGUUUUCUUAUUUUAAAUUUAAUGAAGAGACUAAUAAGCAAAUCUACGGAAACGCGAUACCUCCCUUGUAUAACAUAAGCUCUUUGAAUGUUCCGAUUUAUUUGAUGUACGGCAGUAACGAUUUUUUCUCCACAAUUAAAAAUGUAGACAAAUUCUUUAAUGAGUUACCAGAAGACACGAAGCAAAAUGGAAAGUACCUUGUACAAUUGAAAAAAUUCAAUCACGCUGAUUUUAUCACGGCCAAGGAUAUAAAAAGUUUGGUCUACGAUCCUCUCAUAAAAUUCCUGAACAAUUCCAUUCUACAAUCGUAAACAAUAAGAAAUGAAUUUAACAACUGUCCUUACUUUUAUAUCUUUGACAUUGCU